AUGCGCGCCGAGCGGCCCCAGCUCUUCGGCGCGGCCUGCGCCGCCGUCGUCGUCGCCGUGGCCGGGGCCCUGUUCCACGCGGGCGCGGCGCUGCCGGCGGCCCUGCGGCGCCAGGACGCGGCCCUCUACGAGGACCGGUGCCGGGACCUCGCGGAGAACAUCAUGUCGACGCACGUGACGCGCGAGUUCCCGCCUCGGAACUGGCUCCAGACCGUCGUCGACGGCGUCGAGCACUUCGCCGUCGACGACCUCGACGACUACUGGUUCCCGCGAGCCAACGCGUCCGCGGGCCGCCGCGCGUUCGUCGAGGCGCUGCCCCUGGAGCACCACGGCUACCUCUUCAACUUCGGCCUCCAGACCGCCGCGGACCUGCCGCCGCUCAACGGCGCGACGACGCUCGGCAUCGCGCCGCUGGUGGGCGACGCGGGCCGCUGGGAGGAGUCGUGGGGCGCGGCCAUCCGCGACCUCGAGCUCGUCGUCGACCCGGCGGCCGCGGCGACCCAGACGACUUAUGGGGAUGGCUACGUGCUCGCGCCGCCAGCCGCGCGGCGCCUCGAGGGCCGCACGCGCAUCGGGGGCCUGUCGGCCGGCCUCGCGGCGUACGACGCGAACGCGUCUGCCCGGGGCGACGACGACGGGGCCUGGACGGGCGUCGACGGCGCGGCCUGGACGUGGGACGACGGCGACGCCUGGGCGGGAAGCGACGUCCGCCUGCCGAUCACCUACGCGUGGACCUACGGCCCCCGGCAGGGCAGCACAAGAGAGCGAAAUUCCCAACUUCAAAGGCUCAUAUCUCGGCCGGUUUCCACUCGCCCCCGGGGCCCCGUCGCGGACGAGUCCGUCUACGGCGCGGACAUCGCGAGUUUGCUCGACGGCGCGGCGCUCGAGCGGCUCUUGACGAACAAGUUGGAGACGGAGAGCAACUACGCGUCCGUCGGCGAGCCGCGCUACGUCGUGUUUCCGUUGUUCGCGGGCAAGCUCGACAGUUUGCGGGUCUGCGCGAUGGGCAUCGUGCUCACCCCAACCUCCACGGCCAUCGAGGACGUCGGCGCGGCGCUGUCCAGCGCGCGCGGAGAGUCGCUGUCCGUGGAGUACUUCCGCAACGUCCUCGGGGCGAAGAGCGGCAGGAAGCGCGUGUCGCUCGGCGUCGUCGAACUCGCGGCCGCGGUCGCGCCGCGCGGCGCGCUGUCGCGGCGGCGCCUCGAGACGACCGUGAGCCUGGAGCUGGGGCCCCUGGACGUCGUCCGGGCCAUCGACGUCACCUGCGCGCGCGACGACGAGCCCCUCUGCGGCCUCCUCGGCUUCGCGGACCUCCUCCGCUGUCUGGCCUUCGGCAACGCGGCCCUCGUCCUCGUCCUCGGCUUUGUCUUCGCCUUCCGGGGCGAGGCGGCGCGGAACGAGACGCCGGGCGACGUCGAGCUCGCGGGCCCGGGCGGCGACGCCGCGCCGACGACGUCGUAAGCGAAUCAAGUGUC